GGAAAAUGGCAAAUUUCCUCAAGAAAAUAGUUGAUCGAGCUAGGUCUCGAUCGAUAUCACCGGCAAAGCAUCAAAGGAAUGAUUAUGAGAUGUGGAAACGAAUGAAUCACCAGCAGCAAUCUUCUUAUUACGGAUCACAAACCGGAACAUAUGACUAUUUUGUGCAUCCGGAAUACAAUCAUCAUUUGCAAAAUUUUCAUGCAAGUGUUUUAUUAUGCUUGAAUUAA